UUAUGCAAGUGCGACAUGCAAUACCAAUUGUGAUGGGUGCCAACAUUGGUACAUCAGUGACAAACAUUCUCGUGUCUCUUGGUCAUGCUGGUGAUAGGAAUCAGUUCCGACGUGCUUUUGCUGGUGCCACAGUCCAUGACGUAUUCAACUGGCUUUGUGUUCUAGUGUUGUUACCGUGCGAAAUUGCAUUUGGUUAUCUGUAUCGUUUGACCAAAAUGAUAACGAAAGCAUCGGGGGCAAAAGGUGACCAGGAGACAAAGGUUGAAUUUCUAAAGAAGAUUACAAAGCCGUUCACCAACUUGGUCAUCCAGAUUGAUAAAAAGGUUCUGGAAGAACUCGCAAAAGGAGACGUAGAUUCUGAUAAAAGUCUUAUAAAAAGUUGCAAGGAUAAGGUGUUUUUUAAUACUACAACGAACACAUCCGUGACAGUUGAUGUGAAACCGUGCUCCUUUAUUUUCCACGACACUGGUCUGUCCGAUACUGUCGUGGGCAUUAUUUUACUUUGCGCGUCCUUAUUUAUAUUGUGCGUUUGUUUGCUAGGUAUAGUUAAAAUAUUACAUUCCAUGUUGAGAGGUCACUUAGCGGUUGUGGUCAAGAGAACAAUUAACGCUGAUUUCCCAGGACACUUUAAACACCUCACCGGUUAUUUUGCAAUUCUUGUUGGAGCAGGAAUGACAGUUUUGGUACAGUCUAGUUCUGUAUUCACAUCAACAUUAACACCAUUAGUUGGCGUAGGAAUUGUUACGAUAGAGAGGAUUUAUCCACUAACACUUGGUGCAAAUAUUGGCACAACAGGCACGGCUAUCCUUGCAGCCUUAGCUGCAACAUCGAACUUUGAUUCGGCUAUUCAGAUAGCAUUGUGUCACUUAUUCUUCAACAUAACAGGAAUUUUGAUUUUCUAUCCGAUUCCAUUUAUGCGAAACAUUCCGAUAAAGUUCGCUAAGAAACUUGGUAACAUCACGGCAGAGUACCGUUGGUUUGCUGUCCUAUAUUUGUUGUUUUGUUUCUUCCUAUUUCCGGCUGCAAUAUUUGGUUUAUCUAUUGCUGGAUGGGAAAUCAUGCUCGCAGUUAUGUUGCCUUUGGUCGCAUUAUUCAUAUUUGUUCUUGUCAUCAAUAUCUUGCAAAGGAAGUCUCCAAAUGUUCUGCCAAAAAUGCUACAGACAUGGACAUGGGCUCCUACCUAUUUCCGCUCACUAAAACCUUACGACAGAAAGAUUGCAAAGUUCAUUGAAUUUUGGAAGGCCUGCUGCCCACAGCGACAAUCAAGCAGCAGUAAUGACGUUUGUGAAGAAACGUAUAUUACACAGGUUUGAACAUGAGUAACAUGAGUAACAUGACUGCUAAUUUAAAGUUUAUAUAAAAUAAGUUAGUAAUUCAAACCAAGAACAUACUGCAUGUUGUGUGUGACAGAUUGAAAAAUUGGACGUAAAACUAUGUUUGUCAAUAGCAAUCUGAUCAGCCAAUCACCUAUAACUUUUCCCACGCUGAUUGGCAGAAUUGAAACCUCCAAUGCCCGUUGCAAAAAUUGCCAAAAAAGUAUGUGGGUUUCCUAUUCCUUCUUGUAAGAACUUAGGUAGGGUAGGUCGGUUUUAACUUUUUUUUUAACUUUUUUUUUAUUUUUCUAACAACCGGACGCCAUGUUUGUUUUGUCAUGAAUUAAUUUAAAUUUAAAUUUGAAAGUGCAGAUGACAUGAAAGUUUAAGGAGGAACACAAUUUUGACUUGUGUGACUUACAAGUGAGAUAGAAAAUAAAAUAAAAUUGAAUAGAAAUUGCGUAGAAAUUCGGUGAAUAAUAGAAAUGUGAAAUUUGUAUGAAGUGACACGAUUUUUUAAGUACUAGUUAAAACAUGAGCAGCCGAUCUUUAUCUGAUAUCUGAUAAUACAAACUCGAGCCGAAGGCGAGAGUUUGUACAUCAGAUAAAGAUCGGAUGAGAAUGUUUUUAAAUUAACGUGCUUAAAAACGACCCAUGCAUCUUAUGAGUUCAUUGGCGAAGUAAUUUUAAAAAUAACAUUGUCUAAGGCAGCCGAGAAAAUCAAAGCUGAAGCUUAUGUAAAUCAGGACAAAUCUUUUCCGAUUUACAAACAUUGAUUAAACAUUCAUUUCUUUUGAAUUAUUAAUGAGUUUUUUAAGAGUUUUUCGAAACUGGCUAUUUAAAAAUUUCGCCUCCUUUGCACUUCAAAAUAAAUUUUAUAAAAACUUAUUUUAUAUAUUUAAUAUAUAAAAUUAUGCCCAUAGGAAAAUUAUCGAAUUUCAGUUGGUGAUAUUUUGUAUCAGUACAGAAUUGCUGUUGUAAUAUAAUAAUGUUGUAUAUAGCUUGUGGAUGUGUAUCAUACUUACAUAUCAGAAAAAAACUGGAAUCGAACCACGUAGACUACUACCAUCGAACUACAAGAUCUCCUCAGAUCGAGCCUCAGAUUGUGAAAUUACUUGUGCCUUUAUCAUGGCGAUAACAGGGUGACAAAAAAGAUAUGUCACUGAUAUAGUUUUUUUGUCACUGCAUGAUCCCCUAUUUUAAUAAUUGCAGAAUUGGGGCAAUGAUUAAUAAUAUUCUCAUAAAUUGGAUGUAUUUAUAUAUACCUAAGCGCGAAAAGGGCAAUUGGAACACACAGUGUUUGCCGUAUUUAGUCAGAAAGACUUAAUUGUCAUAAAUCAUAAUCCUUGUGCAUACAUCCAAGAUUUUCGAUGGAGAGCGUUCCCAUUGCAGUUUUCGCGCUUGGAAAGGUAUAAGGUUUAGAGUUUAGAAGGACAGCCUUUUUUGAAUUAUAUAUACAAACAGAGCUACAUGUACGGUUAGGUCCGGAUUGAGGAAUUAAUUACUGGAAAUUAAACUACACGAUUUAAGAGGCAGAAGUAGUUGUAGAGUUUUAUUAUUUAUAUAUGCCAAUAUAGCUACAUAGGCGUAAAUAUAACGUGAUGUAGUAAUUAGUUGGCCUGCGAAACUUUAUGAAUAUGUAUUUUGGACAUUUGUAUAGCGGGAGUUGUGUUUGGAUGAAUUUAAUCGGACACAUAUUUUAUGCAUGCACACCAAACGUGUACGCCGAACUUUUCAUGCGCCGAAAAGUACGAUAUGUAUAGUUAAAUUUUGAAAUUGUAGUUAAAUUUUGAAAUUGUUUAUUGUUGAUGUAAGGUGAAUAUAAAUAUAUAUUAUUUUCAUGUA